UAACCUUGGAGGUGGAACUUGUAUUCGUGGAAUGGAUUUGACCACAACUACGAUGUGAUUUAAUGCUCGAGUAUCCUGAUAGAUGGCAGCUACAGCUUGGUGCAGGUCAGAUUUGGAAAUAAUUCGACAGUCGAAUCUCCAUAUCGACUACGGAAACUUUAUCCAAUCACAGAGGAUGUUUACUUACGCAAUGGGCCAAUACGAAUAGAGCUCUGCAAGACGUUGACCAAUAACAGGUUCCACAUGAAAUCUGAACCAUUUAGAACGAUUUAGGACUAAUCUCGUAUUCAACGGUUCCGGAGUUUAAAAUGUGCUCUUGUUUUAAGUGUCAAGGAACUUCCAGUGGUUACAUGCACCAUUGAAAAGGUUAAGGUUGUAAACACUGAGACGGCAAAUCCAAAUUGAGUUGAAAAAAUGGAAUCGUCCAAGGAACCAAUUAGUGUACGCAUUGCCCGUCUGAAUAACCUAUUUCUAGGGCGAGUGGGUGCUGGUAAUAUGCAUUACCUUGGACGGGAAGGAUUGAUGGAUACCCUUAUUGUUCUUUAUGAUGAAUGCAACAAUGAUCAUCUGAAGAAGGACCAGAACAUUGCUCUAUUUGUAGAAAAAUAUCGCAGCCUAGUUGCAGAACUGCGUUGCCUACGAGUGAAUAUUUCAGAUUUUGAAGUGAAGAAAAUUAUAGGUCGUGGUCAUUUUGGCGAAGUUCAAGUAGUACGAGAGAAACAGACUGGCGAUGUUUAUGCAAUGAAAACACUUCAUAAGGCUGAUACUUUAAGUCAGCAGGCAGCUGCAUCUUAUGAGGAAGAGCGAGACAUUAUGGCUCAUGCCACUUCUCCAUGGCUUACCUCACUGCAGUAUGCAUUCCAAGACAUGCAUAAUCUGUACCUUGUAAUGGAGUUCCAUCCGGGUGGUGAUUUGCUGGCAUUGCUAGAUAGGUUUGAUGGCUAUUUGGAAGAAGCUAUGGCUAGGUUUUACUUAGCAGAGCUAGUGCUUUGUAUUCGCAGUCUUCAUCUGAUGGGAUAUGUGCACAGAGAUAUUAAACCUGACAAUAUCCUUAUAGACCGAUGUGGUCACCUCAAGUUGGCAGACUUUGGGUCUGCUGCAAAGUUAACAGCUGCAGGAGCAGUGAUGAGUCAGAUGCCAGUGGGGACUCCAGAAUAUAUUGCACCUGAAGUACUGAAGUCAAUGGAGGCUUCUUUGGGAAACACAAAGAAGAAAAGUCCAGGUGCUUAUGGGGUGGAGUGUGAUUAUUGGUCACUGGGUAUUGUUGCAUAUGAAAUGGCGUUUGGGCAGACACCAUUCUCUGGAGACCAGCUUACAGACACAUACUUCAAUAUUAUGAAUCACAAGUCCAAGUUGCUGUUCCCUGAGGAUUGUGAUGUCUCACAGUCAUAUCAUGACAUCAUAUGUGGUCUCUUGGAUGAUGCUGCUUCACGCCUAGGUCACGAGCAGCUGUUGAAACAUCCAUUUUUUUCUAGUGUUGACUGGAACACUUUAAGAGAAGCUGUUCCACCUUUUGUUCCGGUUGUCAAAGGCGUAGAUGACACUUCAAAUUUUGUUGAAUUUGAAAAAGAACCACAAAUUCCAUCCAUCGAAAAUUUCAAGAUGAAGAGAGAGUUUUCAGGCAAUAACUUGCCUUUUGUUGGAUUUACAUAUGUUCAUGAUGUAGAUGUGGUUUCUAAGCACAAAUAUCGAACAAGUUUGUCUCCCAAGAAGAAGAAUGAACUUGAAGAAAUUCUGGCUCGUUAUAAGAAAGAUGCAGAUAGAUUUUCGAAGAAAGUUUGUGAAUUAGAGCAUGCGAAUGAGAGGAGAAAUAAAAUUGUUGAGGCGCUGGAGUGCAAAGUAGAGCAGCAGCGGGAGCAGUUGAAAACUGUAGAAGCGGAUAAGGACAUUCUAGAACGUGAAUGUGAGCGGUUAAAAAAUGAACGCAUGAGCAUGUUGCAGACCCUGGAACAGGAGCGUAAGGAUCGUCAAGCAAUAGAGAAGAAAGUUGUUGCCCUGGUCCGUGACAGCAAGGCCAGUUGGGAGAAGAAACACAAGCAGGAAAUAACAGAUUUGGAGAAGCGGGUGGAGGACCAAGCACAGCGCAUCAUGGAACUGUGCACAAUGAACAAUGCUCUAAACAGCAAAGUGGAUAGACAGACAGAAGAAAUUAAGUCUAGAUGUUCUGAAAUUGAUAUGCUGCAAACACUGGUCCAGGAGAACCAUAGUAAGAUGGCAAAGGCUCGUGAGAUCAAUCGGCAUAGUGUAGUGGGCAUUGAAACCAAGCUAGAACGUAUUGCUGCUGACUCUCAGAUUCAAGUGACAGCCCUACAGUCACAGCUAGCUGAUGAAGUCAAGUUGCGGUCUGAACUGCAGGAACAACUACGUGAAUCUGAAGAAAAUAUUGCCCAGAAGGAGGCUGAGCUUUUGUCCAUGCGAGAGCGAGAAGCCUCCCAGAUUACUGAAAUGAGAUCUGAAUUAGAGCUAUGCCAGCAGCAGUGUGUUGAGUUGCACCUGCAGGUAGAUUUUCUGCAAAGAGAAGCUGAUAGUGCAGUUAAAAACCUGGAAAGUAGCAACAAAGCUCUUAUUUGUGAGCUAGAAGAGAAGUUACACAGAGAAAAACAGGAGUGUCACAAGUUGAGGGAACAAUUGAUGAAGAAGGAAGGUGAACUAAGUGAGUCGCUAAUAUCACAGGAAAACACAUUAGCUUCAAGGGAAACAGAACACGAAACCCAUGUAACUAUGCUGGAAACAGAACUUAAGCAGGCUGCUGCUGACAAAAUGAAACUGCAACAUAGACUUCAAGAGGCUCUUGAUAAAGAAGAGGAAGAUAGCCACAAGUUGGAGUCACUGGAGGCACUACUGAAACGCUUGGAGCAGGGUCUAGCUCGCCUGGAGGAGGAAAAUCUUAAGUUAAAAGGACAGAGCAAGUCAGAGGAAGAUGGCAAAGGCCCUAGCAAUCUCACUGAAGAACUGGAGAAGCAGAAACUAAUUCUGCUGGCUCAGGUGGAGAAGCUAGAGUCACAGCUGGAGAAAGUGACAGAGACUUCAAUUCUUGACAGGCAAGCUGCCAAAAUAGCACAGAACCAAUUGUGGAAGAAAGAAAAGGAACUGUCAGAUGCAAAGAUCGAUCUGCGCAUAGCCCAACGUGAAACAAAGACUGCAGAGGACCAGAUGAGAGCAUUGCGGGAGGAGAAACAGAAGUUGGGAGAGAGAUUGCAGGAAGAAAUGAAUGCCCAUAUGGAACAGCUAAAAUCAGAACAUGACAAGGUGGAUCAAUUACAUCAACAGAUUACAUCAUUAAGCGCAGAGCUACAGGACAUGACAAAGAAAGAAGAAACAGCCAGAAAGCAAGUUGAUGUGGAGAAAGCUUUGCUUGCCCAGAAGAAGAUGGAACUUGAAUCCAGUAACACUUCAGCACAAACACUCCAUAAUGAUCUGAAUGUGGCCCACAAACAGAUGAGGGUUUUGGAGCAACAGGUGGCAAAUUUGCAGGCAGAAACCAAAUGUUUGAGUGAGACACUGAAUCAUCUCCGUGAGGACAAGGCAAAACUGGAAGCUGAGUUGAAGGAUCAGAAGACAAGGAAUAGCAGUUUGGAAUUGAAUAAUAACUUACUGAAGGAGUUGUGCACAAUGCAUGAUGAUGAACUGGAACAUAUGGAGAUGCUUAAGAAGGCAUAUGAGGAGAAAGAAGCUUUACUAAAAAGUGAAAAGGUCUCUCUCCAAUCAGAAAUAGAAUCCUUACAGUCUGAGCUACAGACAGCUUGUCUGCAAUCAAAUGAAGAAAAGUCUCUUCGUGUCCAUGCUGAAUCACGAAUCCAGUCUCUGGAAGCAGAGCUACAAGCCUGCACUGAUGAUUUGUCAUUGUUGCAGUCACAGGUGGAUGAUUACCGCAGUUUAGCUGAUCAGCGCACACAACAGAUAGCAGAACUAGAAGAUAAAUGCUGUAUAGCUGAGUUGGGACUGCGUAACAUUCAGCGCCAACUACAGGCAUCUAAAGAUGAAAGUAAUGCCUUGAAAGAAGAUCUUACAGAACAUCUGACACAGAUAAACUCUCUGAAGGAAUCCAAUUUCAAGCUUAAUCACGAUCUUGAGGACUCCAGUGACCAGAUUCAGCAGCUGAAAAUUAACCACUCUGAGUUGGAAGCUACCUUGACAGAGAUGGAAGUAUACUACAGACACCGUGAGUUCAAGAAUGAUGCAGUAAUUCAACAGCAAACCAAACUUAUUGAUUACCUACAAAAAAGGAUAGAAGAGGGUAACAAGAAAAAGAAGACUAUAGCAGACAGGUUGUUUGGUGGUCGGCAAAAGGAGAACAUUUUACUAUUAGCUAAUGCACCAUCAGGAAAAACCAGGCACUUUCCUAGUCAUUACCAGCAAACAAUCAACACCAAGUCCUUUGCAGAGCAUCUGGUACCACGGCAAACACACAACAAAGAUGCUGACAGUGAUGGGAUCUCACCUGUAACUGCAAUGUCACCCAUCACAUCAUUGCCCAAGAAGGCACUGACACAUCUGGUACAGUCUCCUGGGUCCCACACAUCAGACUGUUUUGUUCGGCAGCCGUCACUUCAACGCAUGCAUUACAACAUUCCACACAGGUUUGACCAGAAGCUGUGUAUGCGUGCUACAAAAUGUGCUGCUUGCCUGGAUAGUGUUCACUUUGGUCAUUAUGCUUCCAUCUGUCAGGAAUGUAGCAUCACCUCUCAUCCUAAGUGUUCUCUGGUUUUGCCAUCAACAUGUGGUAUGCCAUCAGGGUUUGCAAGGCACUUCAGUCAGUCCUGGAAGAGCACUCAGGUGGACACUGACUCAGCAGUUGGCAGCGAGAGUACCGAAUCAGGGCCACAACCCUGUAAAGUGGAAGGCUAUGUUAAGAUUCCCAAACGAGGCAGGUCUUGCUGGGAGCGUAAAUAUCUGCGAUUGGAAGGGAAUGAACUGCAGAUAUUUGACCAUGAACCUACAAGUGAAAUGAUGUCCCCAUCACAGAAGUUCCUGGUAUGUCAACCAGAGGGCACCACCAGCAUACUGAGCUCUGUGCCCUACUCAGAUGUGGUAAACACUGCAAAAUCUGAUCUUCCAUUCAUUUUUAAGGUUGAGGUGAUACCAAGAACUACUUGCUGGCCGGGUAGGAGCCUUUUCAUCAUGGCUCUCAGUUUCCCAGAGAAACAGUCCUGGGUGUCUGCUCUGGAAGCUAUUGUUCAGGGUUACAACAACAAUAGAAUGGAGGGUUAUAAUGGGCAGCCUCUAAGAUAUCGGGGAAACACAGUGAUAUGUCUUGAUGAAGCCGAAAUGCUGGACCUUAACUGCUGCCUGCAACUGAGUCCAGAGAUUUUGUUGCUUGGAGCAGAGGAGGGUCUUUUCUCUUUGCGUCUGAAGGAGAAGAAUGCGAAGCCUGUGAAAAUACAGGGCUUGACACAUGUAUACCAGAUGUCAAUGUUGCCGCUUCUCAACUGCCUGAUUGUAUUAACAGGAGAAAGCCGAACUCUGAUGAUGUGUGACUUACUUCUGGUGAGAACCAGUGCAGAAGCAGCAGAAUGUGUUAAACCCAGCAUCACUGCAUUUCCUGUCCUACCAGCUACUGGAUCAAACAGUGUAGGAUGUUGCCUUAUGUUUGCUGCAACCACAACCAGAGACAUGCAAGAGCAAGCACGUACCAUCCUCUGUGCCGCCACUGAGAAACAUAUUCUGUUACUGAAGUGGAAUGUAUCUCAAAAUAAUUUCCAACUAUCCAAAGUGUUGGACACGGAAGAACAAUUUCUGGAUCCAACUGACAAGAGUCUGGCCCAUGUCGUAGUUGGGGCUCAGCAUCUGAACAUCUACCCAGUUUCCAUAUUAGAUGUUACCGAAUCAAGGACUGCAGAACCGGAGUACCUCUUGUGUUUCAGUGUAUUUGGUAUCUUUGUGGAUAAAUUUGGGCAACGAACACGACUAGACGACAUCAAAUGGAGCCAUAAACCUCUUGGCGUUGCUUAUCGCAAGCCAUAUUUGUUCAUUAUUCACUUUUCUUCAGUGGAGGUUAUGAAGCUGUCAGUUUCAUCUUUCACUCGUAGUCAUGAUGACAGUGGUUCCACUGUGAACUACCCAGAUCAAACGUAUAUCAACCUCAGUAGUCCCCGUUUCCUUGGGACAGUAGAAGGUCAAGGUCCAGCUAUAUACGUGGGCCACUGUACCCAAAACGGUAUAGAGGUGUUAAAAGUGGAGGGUGCUUUGGCAUGCAAGGAAACCAGUAGUUCUAGUAUAACCAACACAGACACAACAUCAGAAGGGGAUGGUGCAGAUCUCAAUAGCUAUGCAGGUUCAGAAUUCAGUUUCACUUCAUCAUUGGCACAGUCUUUGGAGAAUGACACAGACAGUCCCUGUUCUCUGGAUAGUGAAUCCAUUGAUUUUAACUCUGAGCACAGAAAAGUGCAUUUUGAUGCAUAAGGAUUACCACAUGGGAUACCAAAACCUGAAGGAUCACUGAAGUCCAUGAUCCCGAAGCCAUCUAAGAUCUGUUGCAACUGGGCUGUUAAAGAGGCAUCAAUCUUCUCACAAAACUGCAGCUUUAUCCAAUUCUGAUUUUCUUUGAAUCGGAGUGGUGAAUUUUGCAAGUUCUUUUUGCUGCUCAUGAUAUUUCACUUAAGGAGUCUUCACAGACUUUGUUGCAACAUGAUCAUUUGUCCAAAAUAUGCUUUGGCUAUACUUCGUAACAACGAUCUCAUGAUGUAGAAGUAUGAUUCGUGCAGGACCAGAGCCCUGAAGAAGAAAAAACAGUUCAAUAAUGCGUCCCAAAGUUUCUGAGUUCCUGUUGAGGCCUGCAAAAACUUAAGGCAUUUUCUGCAUUAAUUUGUAAUUUGUAAUAGAUUUUUUUUCAUCAUGUUUGAAUUUACUCUAUAUGUAAGUUACAAGGAUGUGACGUGUAAUAAAAUGUGUGGUUUUUAUUUCAGUACAGUUGUUAGGUUAAGAGUGGUUUCAAAAUUGAUAUAACAUCUUAUGGCAUGUAACUUUUCCUGUGUGUCAUUCUUGGCUGCUUUUAAAGCAGCAUCUUCUUUAAUAUUUACAAUGAUGUGUCUAACUGCUUUAUUAUUUAACUCCACGGAGCUGAACUCUUCU